AUUCAUCAUAUGCAUGUAGACGAGAUAAUUCAAGCAACCUAAUUUUGGGCCUAAUUGGAAGUAGGCUUCUAGUAUGCGUGGCCCAUGGGUUGUUUUCAUUGUCCACUCCAAUCUCUCUUUAGUUCGCAAAAUGCAAUUCCACAUAACGCAUGGAUUAUCUUAUUGGUACAUCUUUCUAUAUAUAUAUCUAUACAUUUAAUUUCUUAUUUUUUUUUCAACUGCCGACGCGAAUCUCAACCCAAAGUAAUUGUACGACAGAAGAAAAAGUAUAUCAUAUACCUAUAAAAAUAAUAGAGUCCGUACAUAAUAAAAAAAGACAGAGAGAGAGACGUUUAAAAACCCAUCGCUGAUUCGUUGCCCUAGCUUUCAACACCUGGCGCCUCCAAAGCGAACACAUCCCCCCUGCCGCUACAACCAUCGCUACCGUCGCAGCUGCAGGAGGAGAGGCCAUUAUGUCGUCCAGCGGAAACUACGACAAGUACAUCACGAUGGCUGCUUCGGUGGCGGCGACGGCGAUUGUGGUGCGCAGCGUGGUGAACGAGCUGCUCCCCUGCGAGCUGCGGGACCUGCUCUACGUGGGGGUACGUUUCCUGCGCUCCCGCGUCUCCUCGCGCCACACCCUCGUCAUCGACGAGGCCGAGGGCCUCUCCACCAACCAGAUCUACGACGCCGUGCGCGCCUACCUCGCCUCCCGGAUCAGCACCGACAUGCCGCGCCUCCGAGUCAGCCGCGUCGACGAGGCCCAGGGCAUCAUGGUCAGCAUGGAGCAGGGCGAGGAGAUGGUCGACGUCCACGACGGCGUCGAAUACACAUGGAGCCUCAUCUCCCGUGACAGCACCCCCCGGGCCGCCGCCGGCACCACCAGCGCCUACGGCGGCCAUGGCGCCAAGGGCAGAGGCCGCCGCCCCCAGAUCAAGUCCUUCGAGGUCAGCUUCCACAAGAAGCACAAGGAGAAGGCACUCAACUCGUACCUCCCGUUCGUCGUCGCCAUCGCCAAGGCCAUCGAGGACCAGCACAGGAACCUCAAGAUGCACAUGGUUGAGUACGACGCCUGGACUGCAGUCGACCUCCGCCACCCAUCCACCUUCGACACGCUCGCCAUGGACCACAAGCUGAAGCAGUCCGUGGUGGAUGACCUCGAGAGGUUUGUCAGGAGGAAGGACUACUACAAGAGGAUCGGCAGGGCAUGGAAACGCGGGUACCUUCUCUACGGUCCACCUGGGACCGGCAAGUCCAGUCUCAUCGCUGCAAUGGCGAAUUACCUCAAGUUUGACAUAUACGAUCUUGAACUCACCGAGGUCAAAUGCAACUCGGACCUCCGGAGGCUUCUUAUUGGGAUGAGCAACCGAUCCAUCCUUGUGGUUGAAGACAUUGACUGUGGCAUCGAGCUCCAGCAGCGGGAGGAAGGCGAGAAGCGUGCCAAGCCCAGUCAUGCAGGAGAAGAAAGUGAUAACAAGGUGACACUGUCUGGGCUGCUCAACCUCGUCGAUGGUCUGUGGUCGACAAGUGGGGAGGAGAGGAUCAUCGUGUUCACCACAAAUUACAGGGAGCGACUGGACCCAGCACUACUGCGGCCUGGCAGGAUGGAUAUGCACAUCCACAUGGGAUACUGCACCCCAGAGUCGUUCCGAAUUCUGGCUAGGAACUACCACUCAGUUGAGAAUCAUGCCAUGUAUCCAGAAAUUGAACAGCUGAUGAAGGAGGUAAUGGUCUCACCGGCGGAGGUCGCUGAGGUUCUAAUGAGGAACGACAACAGUGAUGUUGUACUCCGGGAUCUCCUUGAGUUCCUCAAGGCAAAGAUGAAAGAGGCUGGUGAGAGCAAGGCUGCAAAUGAGCAGAUGAAGAAAUGUGACGGAGAGACCAUCAUCUAAUGAAAUGGUCAGAGCAGUAGAGGAUUACAGAAACCAGUGGUGGUCUGGAACUUUGUGUGCCAUGUAAAUGCGGUAUUAGAAGAAAAUAAAACCAAGAGUGUUAUUGUUUAGGCUUUUGGCUAUGAACUAUCCUUGACAGUCAUUUUAUAAUCCUUGAAGGUACUUCAGUGCUCUCAUAUCAAUCUAAUUAAACUUUUAUACAAAACGCAUAGUUUCAUAUGAAGUCUGUGUUGCAGUGAAGAGUUAAUAUCAUGUCUCACAAAACAGCAUUCUAAAGAUAUUCUUCGUGUAUUCC